AUGCGUUUCUACCAGCUCCUCCCCGUAAUUGCCCUUCUAGGGUUUUCAGAAGCAUCUGAAUCUCUUUCUAACGCAAAAGAAAAGCCGAAUAUCUUGUUUGUUAUCCUGGACGAUCUUGAUUAUCACAUGACCGACUUAGGCAGUGUGAUGCCAUCCGUCAAGAAGCACAUUAUUGACCAGGGGACAACAUUUCCCCAUCACUAUUGCCAAGUAUCUCUUUGCUGCCCUGCCCGUGCAUCCAUCCUAACUGGCCAAACUGCUCACAACCAUAAUGUGACCGAUGUUCACUACCCCAGUGGCGGAUACCAGAAGUUCUAUGAGCAAGAUUUCAAUGAAAAUUAUCUUCCAGUUUGGCUUCAGGAGGCUGGGUACGGCACAUACUAUGUAGGCAAGCUCCUCAACGACAUCACCACCCAAAAUUACAAUAAUCCUUACGUGAACGGCUGGGAUGGUAUCGACGUGCUGCUCGAUCCAUAUGCCUACGACUUCUGGUCUCCAGGCUUUGCCAGGAACAAGGACCCAUGGGAGCGGUACAGUAACAACUACACAACGGACCUGGUUUCUCUCAAGUCGAUGGGCUUCUUGGACGAUGCCCUUGCCGAUGACAAGCCCUUCUUCUUAGGGGUUGCACCCAUCGCUCCACACAGCGAAGUGCUGGUGAAUACUACUAGUCUUACCGCGACGUAUUCUGCGCCCAAGCCGGCUACGCGGCACAUCGGGAAGCUUGCAGGUGCCCAGGUGCCACGAACCGAUAAUUUCAACCCAGACAAGCCAUCGGGUGCUAGUUGGGUCAAGACCCUGGACCAGCUGAACGAGACCGAGGUUCAACAGGCCGACGAGUGGUACCAAGCUCGCCUCGAAUCCCUUUUGGCUGUCGACGAGAUGGUGGACUCAUUGUUUGCCAAGCUCGAGGAGAGUGGCAAACUAGACAAUACUUAUGUCGUUUUCACGAGCGACAAUGGUUUCCAUAUUGGCCAGCACCGGCUCUCUCCCGGGAAGACAUGCGGGUACGAGGAAGACAUCAACGUACCGUUUAUUGUCCGUGGUCCUGGAAUCGCCAAGGGACACACCAUGGAUGUCGUCUCCGGCCAUAUCGAUAUUGCACCAACCAUUUUGGAGAUGGCCGGCAUUUCUCAGCGCGACACGUUCGACGGUAGCCCCAUUCCUCUGACUGAGGAGGCACUCAAGGCUCUGACGAAGCCAAAGACUGAGCACACCAGCAUAGAGAUGUGGAGAAGCAACAACCAGAGCUUCUUCCGGACUGGAAAGACUGAGGUGAUGGAGGAAGCGACAAAAAAUACGUACAAGUCGGUUCGUCUCAUCAGCGGAGACCACAAUCUGUACUACUCUGUCUGGUGCACGAAUGAGCACGAGCUCUAUGAUAUGAAGGCAAGUAGCGACUCGCAACAGAUGAAUAAUCUAUUCGAAGGCGGCUUUGGAGGGAAUUAUGAGAAUGCUGACGUUGUUAGACUUGCUCAGCGUCUUGAUGCGCUCCUAUAUGUCCUCAAGAGCUGCCGCGGAGACUCAUGCCGCUAUCCGUGGGAUUCACUCAUGCCACUUGCGAAGGUUACUAGCCUGUCUGAUGCCAUGAAUUCUCAAUAUGACGAAUUCUUUGAGACAGUUCCAAGGGUUUCAUUCUCGUCGUGCCAGCAGGAUCAUAUAAUCGAGGCGGAGGGACCUCAGUUCGAAACAUGGACUGUCGAGGGUAGCAAGACAGCUCGUGGGAUUGGUAUGGGUUGGGAUCCGAUUCAAGCUUGGAUGACUUGA